UGCCCAGUCCUAAUGCGUUCGUCGCCACUACGACGCCCUCGGCCCCGUUGCUUUGACGCCACGCCUCGAGCCGAGCCGUCUUGCCCUCUGUCGAGUCGACGUCGCUGAAGAACGUGGCGCACCCCAGCACUGAUCCUAAACGCUCUACCCGCUCGAUUGACGUGGCGUAUACCACCGCCUUGCCUCGCCCGCCGCUGGCCAGAAGCUCACGUACCCACUGGACUGCUACCCGGCAUACCUCGGCCUCAACCGUGUCAAGUGUCUUGAGCGCCGCGUCAUCUUCGUCUUGUUCUGCGCCACCGUCGUCCUCGUCACUGAUCCUGUCGCUUGCUAUGACGACGGAAUAUCCUAUGUUCUUGCGCGUCGUUGCUGUUCGGAACAUGCUUACACGACUUGCCUCUAGUCGCAUCGCGUGGAAGAAUACUACUUCGUCCCUUAGCGUAAGCGUCGCUAUUAAGUAUAUCUACUCGUUUAUAACGACGCGGUCUAGCGCCUACCUCCUUUCUAGCCGUACGAUAAAGUCUCUAAACCCCUUUAUAACGGCUAACUCGACCUGCGAUAUGAUCCCCGCCUUGACGUAUCGCCUAUGCAGAUCCGUCCGCAGCGCUACCAGCGGCGUCACAACCACCGUCACCCCGUCCGGCGAGCAGAACGCCGGCAACAUGAACGAGACGCUCUUGCCGCCGCCCGUCCCCAUUACCUACACGAUCGGCGUAUACCCGCUGGCGAUGGCGAGCACCGCUUCUCUCUACUUCUCGAACCGUCGGAGCCUCGCCUCGAGCCGUGGCCCUUCGUACGCCUCCGUCUUUUUCCUCUUAUAUCCCGCGGAGUCCUAUUUCGACUCCGAAUCCUCGGCGCCGAACCUUAAAAACCUAUACUACUAACGGCUAACUCUACGGAACUAUUAUUACCUCGCCGCGA